UGAAAAGCAUCUUCAGUGAUCAAGAUGUACACGUCUACCAAAAUGCCGUCAAAGAAUCAGAUUUCAUUUACAUUUUUUAUGUUUUCAGUUAUUUUGAUUUCAUUGUUCUUAGCUUCGACAGCUCAGUGUCAUGGACAUGGGCACGCGCACGACCAUGGGCACUCGCAUGAUGAACCACCGUCUUUCAAGUAUUCGCAACAAGCAAACGAAGAACCUCCUGUGAAUCACGGACAUGCUCAUUCUCACGGUGGGCAUGGGCAUUCUCAUGGAGAUCAUGAUCAUGGACACGGACAUUCACAUGGAGAACACGGGCAUUCUCAUGGAGAUCAUGGUCAUGGACAUGGACAUUCACAUGGAGAUCAUGAUCAUGGACAUGGGCAUUCACAUGGAGAACAUGGUCAUGGACAUGCCCAUUCCCAUGGGUGCAAGCAACAUACUCACUCCCAUGGCGGACAGAAACGCGAUGUUCCUAGCCAUGGGCAUGCUCAUACAGAACAAGGAACACCAAAAGCAAAACUUGUAAAAAAUACUGGAGUCAAGUUAUGGAUUGAAGCAAUUACUGCUACAGCAGUUAUUAGUGUUUCACCAAUUUUCAUCUUGUUAUUCAUUCCCUUGGACAAUACAGAUAAACAUCAACCAUUACUGAAGGUGCUUCUAAGUUUUGCAUCAGGUGGACUGCUUGGGGAUGCAUUUCUGCAUCUUAUUCCACAUGCAGUUUCGCCUCAUUCACAUGGAGGAGAUGAUCAUGAACACACCCAUUCUCAUUCCCAUGACGAGGGUGGUCACUCACAUGAUAUGUCUGUAGGUCUCUGGGUUUUAGCGGGUAUUAUAGCAUUUUUGAUGGUUGAAAAAUUUGUAAGGAUUGUGAAAGGUGAUCAUGCUCACUCCCAUGCACCGCCUGUCAAAAAGGAGUCGGAUAAAAAAGAGUUGUCAGAGAAAAAAGACGAAGCAAAGGAACAGAAAGAGUCAGCCAAAGAAACUACAGAUAAAAAGACUGACAAGGUUAUUAAAACUGAAGAAACGCCGGUGGAGGAUAUCAAGGUAGCAGGCUACCUGAACCUUGCCGCAGAUUUUGCUCACAACUUCACAGAUGGGCUUGCCAUUGGAGCUUCUUUCAUGAUGGGUCAGAGUUUAGGGAUUAUAACAACAAUAACAAUUUUCCUGCACGAGAUUCCGCAUGAGAUUGGUGACUUUGCUAUCUUGGUGCAAUCUGGCUGUUCAAAGAAGAAAGCAAUGAUGUUACAAUUCAGCACAGCUAUAGGGGCCAUGUUGGGCACGAUCUCGAGUCUGUUUGCGGAGGGCGUUGGUGAAGCAGCUACAACCUGGAUCUUGCCAUUUACAGCUGGGGGUUUCAUCUAUAUUGCCACGGUGUCUGUCAUUCCAGAGCUCCUUGAAGAUACAAAACUCGGACAGUCUAUAAAAGAAAUUUUUGCACUUUUGGUCGGAGUGUACAUGAUGGUUUUAAUAGGACAGUAUGAAUAGAUACCUUCAUUCCCAAGGAAUUUGGAUGUUAACUUUAUACUCUGCCAAUUAAAACUCUUGCAGAAUAAUGUUUACAAAACAUAUAUGAAGAGCAAGAACAAUAUAAAGUGAUAUUUGUAGUGGUUAUUUAGACAAAAUCAGUUGCAGUAAUCAUACUUGCUUUAUGUGAUCAUUGUAGACAUACAUAUAAGCUAUACAGAAGAAAAAAAUGUUUCACAAAAAUAAUAGGUAGAGGUAUUGUACUCCCCUUUCAUUGUUGUCUGCAUUGUCCUGUUGUGUGAAGCUUUUAUAUUUAAUCUGGUCUCUAGAUAAUCACAAUGGGAAUGGAUUGAAACUUCACAUAUGUUCAUUUUGUUGAUCUGACAUGCAAUGCACUGGUUUAUAACUUUACCAAGUUACACUCCUUCUGUGAAGUAUCAACUUUCGGUUUAGUUUUUAUACACAAGUUGGUGUCUCAGUAACCACAAGUGAGAAUGGAUUAAAACUUCAUACACCUAUUUGUUGUGAACAUCUGACAUGCAAUGCACUGGUUUAUAACUUUACAAAGUUACACCUUCUAUGAAUUAUCAACUUUCGGUUUAGUUUUUAUAGUUUUUAUACACAAGUUGGUGUCUCAGUAACCACAAGUGAGAAUGGAUUAAAACUUCAUACACCUAUUUGCUGUGAACAUCUGACAUGCAGUGCACAGGUCACAGAUUCUGUAAAUCUACCUUGUGUUUUUCACAAAGUAAAAACCUAUUUCUUGAUGAAAUAAAUUUUAGUUUGUUUAUAAGAUGGUAUCUAUGACUGUUCCUUACAUUUAAACAAAAAUAUUGCUCCUUUUUCACUAGUUUCUGUCAAAUCAUUCUUUUUUAAGCAUUCUUUGUAACAAGGCUUUUCAGUAGUCGAGCAUUGCUGUCUGUCAGGUCGUGAUAAAAGUUUCAAAUAGUACCAAAAAUGACUUCUUCAUUUAAUUCUAACACUAGUGAGCAGGGGUGGCAAAAUCAAAUGUCAGAAUUGCCCAUCUUGUCCUAGAGGACACGCGGACAAGUAGAAUUUCACCAUAUUUUAUUAUAUUAUACGGAGAAGAGAUAAUAGCUCAUAGCAAAAACAGGCAAGUAGGUCAAAAUCAGAUAUUGCCCCUGAGAGAACUGAGUCUCAUUUGUAACUUUAGAUUGUUGAUGGUACUUUGAUAUAUUUAAGAAAUAAGUUGUUGUAAAAUAUCAGUUUUGAAGAAAAGUGUCAUUGUAUAUAGCUUAUUGAUUGUUUAGUGUAUAACAGCUAACUCAUAUCAUUAAAAUGCACCAGGAUAGACCCUGAGGUCAUAAAACUACUUCAAUAUUUUUUGUCUAUUUAGUUGUAGGAUCAUUCGUUUUCACUAUUUAAGUCAAACAAGUUUAGAUUUUAUAUAAAGCCCACCAAUAUUAAGAUAUAUAGUUUUUAACUGGCAGAGCAGAUGUCAAAAGUUUAAUGGAUGUGAAAGAAGUUAAUUUUUUUUAGCUCACCUGAGCACAAAGUGCUCAAGGUGAGCUUUUGUGAACGCCCUGUGUCUGUCGUCCAUCGUCGUCGUCAACAAUUUGACUGUUAACACUCUAGAGGUCACAGUUUUGGCCUAAUCUUAAUGAAACUUGGUCAGAAUGUUACUCUCAAUAAAAAUAUUGAACGAGUCCGAUAAUGGGUCAUGUGGGGUCAAAAACUAAGUCACCAGGUUAAGUCAAAGGAAAAGCUUGUUAACACUCUAUAGGUCACAAUUUUGGCCCAAUCUUAAUGAAACUUGGUCAGAAUGUUACCCUCAAUAAAAUCUUGGAUGAGUUUGAUAUUAGGUCAUCUGGGGAAAAAAAGUGGGUCACCGGGUCAAGUCAAAGGAAAAGCUUGUUAACACUCUAGAGGUCACAAUUUUGACCCAAUCUUAAUGAAACUUGGUCAGAAUGUUACCUUCAAUAAAAUCUUAGACGAGUUUGAUAUUGGGUCAUCUGGGGUUAAAAACUAGGUCACCAGGUCAGAUCAAAGGAAAAGCUUGUUAACACUCUAGAGGUCACAAUUUUGGCCCAAUCUUAAUGAAACUUGGUCAGAAUCUUUGGAAAAGCUUGUUCACACUGUUGAGGGCACAUUUAUGACUGUAUCGUCAUAAAACUUGGUCAGAAUGUUAAUCAUGAUGAUCUAUAAGUCCAUUUUGAAUCUGGGUCAUGUAGGGUCAAAAACUAGGUCACCAAGUCAAAUCAAAGGAGAAGCUAGUUAACACUCUAGAGGCCACAUUUAUGACCAUAUCUUAAUGAAACUUGGUCAGAAUGUUAAUCUGGAUGAUCUAUAGGUCAAGUUCAAAUCUGGGUCAGGUGGGGUCAAAAACUAGGUCACUGGGUCAGAUCAAAGGAAAAGCUUAUUAACACUCUAGAGGCCACAUUUAUGACCAUAUCUUAAUGAAACUAUCUUGAUGAUCUUUAGGUCAGUAGGUCAGGUGAGCGACACGGCCUUCAUGGCCCUCUUGUUUGUCAAUUUUGUCAAUUUUUUAUUUUAAAAAAUGAUUUUUUGGAAACUUACAUUGUGACAAUUAGCUGAAAAAUCCAAAACAGUUUUUAAAGCUACUCAGAUGAGAUCACAAUAAGUCUUUGCAAUGCUUUUCUGAAAUCAUUUUAGAAAUGAAAAUAGCAUUAGCAUUUGAAGACAGAAUAGAACUCUUUUUCCAGUAUAAAGCUGUCAUGUGGCUUAAUGUCUAAGGUCAUUGACUUCAAAUAAAUUGCACCUUACUGCUGUAGGAUAUAAAAUUCAUUCAUAUCUUAUUCAGUACUGUAACUUUUAGAUACCAGUUACAAGUACACGUCAGUAUACAUCUUGACUUUAAAUACCAAUUGCAUGUAUUUUACAGCAAGAAUCUAUAUUUCAGAUACCAAUUACAUACAUUGUUCAUCGUACAUCUUGACUUUAGAUACCAAUUACAUGCAUUGUUCAUCGUACAUCUUGACUUUAGAUACCUGUUACAUGCAUUGUUCAUCCCUACAUCAUGACUCUAGAUACCAAUUAAAUGCAUUGUUCAUUGUACAUCUUGACUUUAGAUACCAAUUAAGUCAUGCAUUGUUCAGCAUACAUUUUGAUUUUACAAGUUUUGAAAAUAAGGACAUUUUACAUUUACAAUAGUUUUAUGAAGUCUGGGCUUGGAAACCUGCAUUUAGAUUGAUUUGUUUGACCCCUGAGCAGCAUCAUUUGGAUAAUGUUGUCAUUUUCUAUCAGCAAAACAAAUAGAUGAAUGCAGGAUUCCUUUUUAUCCUGGUAAUAUAUUCCAUUAUUGCAUAUAGACAUAUCAUUCAUGCAUUGUUUGCAGUAUUUAUAGCAUAAUUUAUAUAGCUGACCAUCCUUUAAAAAAUGGUGUUUGCUGUGAUUGGACAAAGAAUUUUAGAGCGUGUAGUUAUUUGUUCUGUCUCUUUCAGCCAAUACAGAACUACUUAUUUUUAAUACAAAAUAGGGCUGCUUUGAAUUCCAUUUUUAUUAAAGUUUAAAUGUAUAAAGAUUUCUGCAUUAAAUUUAUAUAACUUUAGAUUAAUAGUUAAAUGAGCUAUGCCAUGAGAAAACCAACAUAGUGGGUUUGCGACCAGCAUGGAUCCAGACCAGCCUGCACAUCCGCGCAGUCUGGUCAGGAUCCAUGCUGUUCUCUUUCAGAGCCUAUAGCAAUUAGAGAAACUGUUGGCAAACAGCAUGGAUCCUGACCAGACUGCACGGAUGCGCAGGCUGGUCUGGAUCCAUGCUGGUCGCAAACCCACUAUUUUGGUUUUCUCAUGGCACAGCUCAAAUAUUUACUGCAAUGAAAUAAGGAAGGAUGCAAAGAAUCUAAAACUGUUUUGAGAUUUUGAAAUUUGAUCAGGUUGGUCUGAGAAGAGGAAACAGAAGUUAUUUUAAGGUUUACAAUAAUCAGCAUUUUACAUAUUUAGAUAUAAAGAACACAUGUUUUAAACAAAAUAAUUAGGAAGAUGAUGCUUAGAACAUAGUUAUUCUGUCACAUAGUGAUAUUUGUUAGAAAGUUGAAGUUUGAAACACUUAUUUAAUGAAGAAGAAGUUGUAUGAAUAUUAAAAUCUGCUGCAAAAGAUAAAUUACUUUAUAAUGUUGUUUAAGAUGUUUUAUUUUGUGUUUGUAAGAGGUUUAUAGAUUUAAAUGUAUGAAUAGAUUGACAUAUUUUAAAUGCUACACUUUGCAAACUGAAUAUCUUAAAAUAAGUUCUCACUCCCACCCAACUCCACUGUUAGCAUUGUAGUUUUUAAAUGGAGUGUUGGGUUUACUUGAGAUUACAAAGAAAAUUCAUGUAUACUUCCAAUUAUAAAUCUGCCAUAAACAACUUUUAGAGGAGUUCUUAGUCGGUUAUGAUAUUGUCAUUUAGAGCAGUAAGGAUUUAGUUUCUGAUUAUUUCUUGGAAUUCUUGGAAUUAUAAAAUUUAACUUGCACUUCAGUAUUUAAAAGAGGUUGGAUUUGGUUUUUUAGGGGCCCUUGUUCUGAAGUAUAUGGUAUAUUUACAAAAAUGCUUGUUAUGAAGUCUGUACAAUAUCACUGAAUAUUUGUUUUGUAGAGUUUUGAGCGGAGCCAUGCAUAAAUUUUUUAAACCAUUUGACAGUUUUAGUUAGAGAUUUUGGGCUGAACCAUACCAAAAAUGUUCCCUUUAAUCAUGUGUAUUGCAGAUAUUUUGAGCCGAGUUAUGCUAAAUCAUCCCAUAUCAUUAGAAUUUUGUGUCAGAGAUUUGAGCUAGUCCAUACUAAAAUGUCCCUUAUGGUGUAGACAACAUGAAUGAAUAACACAAUAUACCCAAUACCCAGUUUUCUAAAACAUUAGAUGAAUGAUACAGAUACAUCAUACUUUGCAUAAAAUACAAAAUAUUUUUUUGCCGUAACACAUUUACCAAGGAGAAUAUAAUUAUAUGUAUCAUUUGAAGUACAAAUUUCAGUCAUAUAUUCAGUAUUGAAAAAAGAAUAAGGUAAAAUAUUGUGUCUUGUAAUUGUGUUGGUUUUAAAAAGUAAAAAGUUUACUUGUAAGGUAGUCAUUACCUUACAACUCAAGCUGGAGCAUUUAAUACAGCAUAGUAUUUACCUGUAAUUUACUAAUUACAUUAUAUAUAUAUAUGAGAACAUAUUAAACAAGGUUUUUUUGGAAAACCUUACUUAAAUUUAUUAUUUUAUGACUACUAAAGUGAAGUCAAUGUGGCAAAAUCAUGCCAUAAAUGCAGAUGCUAUUCCAGCCAGAAAUGAUUGUCUAAAGUGUUAGCCAUUACUAAUUAUUUAAGAGUUUAUUCUUUUUCUGCUGUAUGCCCUGUGUCUGCCAAUAGCAUAAGGUAGGUUUUAGCAUGGCUUAGUUCAUAAAAGGUUGUGUCAUAUGAUAUAAAACUAGUCAAACGUACAUAAAAUAUAAGAAAAUGCUACAUUAUUAUCCCCUACACUUUUGGGGUAGGGAGUGUAUAUUGUUUUGCUCGUGUCAGUUGGUUGGUAGGUCUUUGUCUGUCUGCUUGUUGGUAGACCGUUUGACUUCAAAUCGAUAAUUAGAGGACAGUGGGGUCUACAGUGGUCAAACUUCACAGAAUGAUUGCCUGUUGUCAGUAUAUGACCCUUAAUGUUGGGAGUCAGUAGGUCAAAGGUCAAGGGAACAUUUAUCACAUGCCUGAAAAAGGUUUCCUAUCAAUAAUAACUUGACAAACUUCCAAGGUCUGCCUAAAUUUUUCCAUAGAUGACCGCUCAAUUUUAAUGAUUUAAUAGGUCAGUGUCAAAUUGCCUGACAACAAAUAAUAACUGGAGAAUGUGUGGGCAUGUGGCUGUCAAGUUUCAUAGAAUGAUUGUGGUUAGUAGAUGACCCCUAUUUUUGUUGAAUUGAAAGUAACAUCACAGUGACCUUGACACUAAAUGGUUUUCAAUUAAUAUCUGGAGAACACCUAGAGCCAACAAACCGUAUAACAUUAUUGUUUGGUCAGCAUCUGACCCUUAUUUUUUUAAGUUAUUAGGUCAAAGUCAAGGCCAAAGCAUACUAGGGACCAACAGUACAGAACAAUUUUCCUCUGACAUGCCAUUUUUGGGGUGCAUAUGAACUCUUGUUCAUUUUCAUUUGAUAUUAUUUUUAAUACACAAUUACAAUGUUUGUGCUUAAAGUAUGUGUCUCUGUAUAUUAUGUUAAUUCUCAUUUCUCACAUAAUACACCUUGUAAUGUUUACAAAAUUAACAAACUUUGCUUUAAAUACCCUUAAAACAACAUUGGAAAUUUUAUUUGUAUAGAUGAUCAUGUUAAGAGGGUAUAAAGCAUGUGUUAGGUUAUAUAGGAAGGAUUGAUUCAAAAUCUAAUGCUCAAAUGUGACAUUACCUCUUUUUAAAGGAACAAGAGCUUUAUAUAGAACAGUUUGUUUUGUAUGUUUCCGAGGAGACAUUUUAGUGUGUUAAUGUAUCUAGAUUUUUUAUACUAAUAUACUAUGGUGAUGAUUGGUCAAACUAAAAUACCCAAGCACCAUUUGGGAAGUUCAACAAAAGUUUUAACAGCAAUGACUGUAGCUAAAUGAAACAAACAUAUAUUGCAACUUGAAAUAGGGCGGCCAGCAGAUCAGUAUUGCGUGUCAUUGCCAAAUUCAACUCUCUGUUCGUGAAUUUUAUCUGACACUUGUGAAUUUAAAAAUUGAAAUUUUGAAACCUUCAAUAUGUAUUAAAUGUAGAAUUUUGUGUAAGAAAUGAGUGUUGUAUAUCUGUUGUUACGUAUAUGAGUAAAUACAUGUCUACUGUGGUAUUGGUGCUCAUAUAGCUUACAUGCGAUUGUUAAUACACAUGUAUAUUAUAAUGGUGACUGACUUAGAAUAAAGAAUGAAAUGUCCAA